CGAGGAUGUCAAAGUCGUCAGCGCAUUCCCGAUGUGGGGACGGCAAGAAAAUCACUAGAAGUACGCGUGCCCUUUCUGCUGCAUUCGGUUGCACACGAGGCCAUGCAAUAACAACCUGAGAACUAGGAAUUACACGUAACACACACGCACUUGUCAGUGAAACACUGCAAGGGUACAGCGGCAGUGCCCGGGGAGCAGCUCGGGGUAUCAGUGUCUUCUAUGGGACACCAGGGCCGUGAGUCCGUGGGAUGGUCGAGUCCGUGGCAGGCGAUGAUCUUCAGGCAGCGGCAUUUUUUUAGGCUUUGAAAAAUAUCUUCUUUCUUCAUAGCACACCCUUUGGCGUACAUAUCUUCUUUAUUCAUAUCACACGAUUUGGCGUACGUAUCUUCUUUCUUCAUAGCACACGCUUUGGCGUUUAACACACAAAAAAAAUAACCUCAAGAAAAUCCAUUGGAAACGUCUCUGUUUAAAUGCUUUACCUCCGACGUGAACAUCGACCUUUCCAAGAUGGCUACCACCUAGGCACCAAGCACCGCGCCGGGGACAUCAUGCCGGCGGGCAUGAUGGACAAAGGUUCGGAAUAUUUGGGAAAGGCCCGCUCCAACGGGACCAAGAGUCCGUCCAACGCGUCAAACGGACACUUGACGGACGACAGCGGCAGUGACGACGAACACGAUGUCGGCAUGCGAGUCGGAGCCGAUUAUCAGGCCACCAUACCCGACUUUGAGGCUGGUUCCAGCAAAUAUUCGGAGAAGGACAACGGCGGGAUGUUGGUGUGGUCGCCCUACCAUGACAUUGAUGACUCCAAAUUGGAUGAGUACAUCGCCCUGGCCAAAGAGAAGCACGGCUACAAUGUGGAGCAGGCGCUGGGAAUGCUCUUCUGGCACAAACACAAUAUUGAGAAGUCUUUGGCCGACCUUCCCAACUUUACACCUUUUCCCGACGAGUGGACAGUGGAGGACAAAGUACUCUUUGAGCAAGCGUUCAGUUUCCAUGGGAAGAGUUUCCACCGCAUCCAGCAGAUGCUUCCAGAUAAAUCCAUUUCUAGUCUGGUCAAGUAUUACUACUCGUGGAAGAAGACCCGUUCCAGAACAAGUCUGAUGGACCGCCAAGCCCGAAAACUGGCCAGCAGGAGCAACCAGGGGGACAGUGAUGAGGAAGUGGAAGAGGGGAACGCCAUGGAAACCAACGACAGUGACUAUGACCCCAACAAGGAAGCCAAAAAGGAGCCCAACAACCUUGCGGAGCCACCGCCGCCGGCCUCCAAACUGGCGCCGGGCCGCCGGGAGCACCAGACUCUGCAACACCGCCACCACCAGCGCUCGCGAUGCCGCCCCCCGAAAGGCAUGUACCUGACCCAGGACGACGUGGUGGCCGUGUCCUGUAGUGCCGCUGCCGCCAACAGCCUUUUGCGGCAACUGGAUAUGGAACUGGUGUCCCUCAAGAGGCAGGUUCAAAAUGCAAAACAGAUGAACAGCGGACUGAAGCACGUCUUGGAAUCUGGAAUCAACGACUUCCGCCUGUCCGAGAGCACACAGAAGGUGAACGCUCGCUGGACCACCGACGAGCAGUUGCUUGCCGUUCAAGGUGUCAGGAAGUAUGGCAAAGAUUUCCAGGCUAUCGCCGACGUCAUCGGUAACAAAACGCUGGGACAAGUGAAGAACUUCUUCGUCAACUACCGACGGCGUUUCAACCUGGAAGAGGUGCUUCAGGAGUGGGAGGCAGAGCAAGGCGACGGCACCGCCCACUCCGGGGAGGAGUCGAAGACCGCGUCGGCCACGCACUCCGGGAGGAGCACGGACGAGGACGAUGACGAGGCUCAGCCGGCCUCGGGGGCGUCCUCCGGCGCCGCGUCUUCGUCUCAGGCCGCCGUGACGUCAAGCCCCACCUCCUCACUCCAGCAGCCGCCUCCGCUCCUGCGUCCCUCGCUACCCGCCACGCCCUCCCUACACCGCCAGCCACCGCCCCUUCAGCAGCAGCCCCGCCCUGCGCUGCAGCAGCCCCGCCCUGCCGCCUUGCAGCAGCCCCGCUCCGCCGCCUUGCAGCAGCCGCCGCCGCUCAUUCGGCCCUCUAAUCCGCCGCCACCUCGUCUCAACCCCCGCCCGUCUGUCUCAACGGGCAGCCAGCAGCCUUCCUCCUUGACGCUCCACCAACCGGACCCGGCGGCCUCAUCCUCCUCUCACCAUUAACCCGCUGAGAGGAGCCAAGAGAAGAAGACGGGAUGUCUGUCAUGAAACAUCUGAAUGAGGCGCCUUUUAUGGCAUUUAACUUUCCUACAGCAUGAGAAGGCAAUAGAAGUGUCCGACGCAAACUGUCAAUCGAAGACAAAAAAGAAAGCGAGAAAUUACACAACCAAUAUGGCGGGCAUCUUGUGGACAAUAAAAGCAUAUCUGCAUACACACGCUCACAAAAUUGUUGAGACAUGCACACAUAUAGUUAUUGGUACCCCUUUGUUCAUGAAAUAAAACCCCACAAUGGUCACCUUGAAUCUGACAGAAGUAAGGUUAAA